AUGUCAACUCCGCCUAUCGUCCCCGUCCAUCCAACGUCUCCUCCGAUCGACCCUUCGAAACUCAACAACGCGCCUGCUCCACUUCCACCCAUUGCACAGACCGAAGUUUCCCAAGAACUACAAGCCAACGCCAGUACAGCUCCAACCCUUCGUUCUCCUGAUGGUCCCGAAGGAGUCCAUAGUUCUGCGUAUCUGGAUCAAGGAGAAGUCCCUUCUCACCCCACAGUGGCGGAAACCGGACUACCACUGGGACAGACGGAGAGAGGUGUACCAAAGUCUCCCGUUGUUGAAGCGGACCGAACUGGGCAGCUUCCGAGGAAAGAAGGAGGGGAGAAGAAAACGGAAGAGAUCAUCAAAUUGAAUAGUUUCGGAGGGGAAGGAUUGGCAGCAAAGCCCGCUCCAGGAAGUCAGUCCGGUUGUGGAGGAGGUAUCUGUGGACAAAGGAAACGCACGAAUGACCAUACAUCUGUAACGUCCCGUCAUGACAAGACACCGAUCAAAGAAACCCAGUUGUUAGCUCGUCGACCAUUGAGGGCGUCGUUCUAUGGGUGUAUCAGAGGCGUACCACUCUUGAGUUUGAUGAGUAGGAUCAACAGAACACUAUCUCUGCGGCGGUUGCUAAUGGAUCUUCUUCCCUUCCCUGGAAUCCAUCCCAUCCUCCUUGGUAUAUCGGACCGUGCCGUCUACCACAACUUCACUCCUCAUGGUACCUCGAGGGCAUUGAAGCAGUUUGACGAAGAGGAUCCAGCUGGAAGAGCCGAUGGGACUACUGAGUUCGAGUGGAGUGGUGUGAAGUGGGCUGAUUGUGGUAUUGAAGAUGGUUGCUCAGCAUUGUGCAAGACCGAGAGGAUAGAAGAAGCUUUCCUCCGCCGUAUAAUCUCCCGCCUGUGUGAUGGCUCCCUGAUCCAUUGGAUAGUGACCGUCGAUGCUGCUCGCUUCGAAAGACGACAUAUCCUAGCUUGGUGGGUAUCCGAGCAACCAGUGGAUGCGGCUACAGGCGUUUCUUAUAGGAAGUCGGUGACAUUACUCAUGCCUUCGUGA